CGCCGCCUGCACGGGCAGGGCUCUCCGCCUGACGCAGUGAGGAGCUGCAGCCCUUCUCUUCUCGGAGGCCGGGCUCCAGCGCUGGGAUUUGCUCGGCUCCGGCUGCGUUUCCCUGCCCGCCUCCUGCCCCCGGCCCGCCCGCUCGGAAGGGCGCGGGGAGCCGCAGCCGCGGGUGCGUCCGCCGCCCAUCACCGCGCUUCGGGGCUGGGCGCGGCGCCGAGCACCGGGAGCCGCCUCCGGAGCAGCUUCAACUAUGAUCAGUGCAUAAAUCUACCUGCAACACAGGAUGUUGGAAAAUUACCGAGAGACAGCAACGUCCUCCCUGCUGCUUGGUGAGAAAAGAAGGAUGCACCUUCAGUUGAAAUACUGGGCUUGGUGACCACCUCGUGGGAUCUCGAAUGCCGUGCCCAGUGUGCCUCCCAGCCCCUGAGGACAGCAACUAGGACACCUUCAGCACUGUGGCUGGACCAGCAGUGACACCCAGGCCCAGAGGUGAGCCGAGGGACCGAGCAGGGACAGCCAAACACACGGAGGCACAGGGAGAUGGGGACCAGCGCCACGAUGUGCAGCAAAAAGAAAACGAGGAGAAGUACUAUAAAAAAUGAGAGGAAGGCUUGUCUCUAAGCCUGAACAACUCCUCUGCACAGGCGCUUAACUUCAUGACUCCCUCCUCGAGAUGCCAGAGGUCUGGUGAUGUGGGACCAGCCUCAGCCACCAAGGCCUUGGUAGCAGCCCCUGGCUGCUGGCUGCCGAGUACCGUGGGCACCGAGGUCCGCUUUCUCCACGGACGCUUCCCUCCCGUCUCCGAGCCAUGAGGAGAAGGGAGAGGCGAGCAAAGCUGCCGAAGGAGCACUAGCUCACACCUUCCCGGCCCCUGUCCUGUUCCCCGCUUCCAGCAGACCAGGAACCCCUUCUCCGUGCUGCCCUUCCAGAUGGCAGGUCGCCGGUGGGCCGCGACGUCAGCCCUCUGCAUGUGCGUGGCGGCCGUGUCUCUCCUGCACGCCGGCGGGGUGCGGGCGGACUGCUGGCUCAUCGAGGGGGACAAGGGCUUCGUCUGGCUGGCCAUCUGCAGCCAGAACCAGCCCCCCUACGAGUCCAUCCCCCAGCAGAUCAACAGCACCAUCGUGGACUUGCGGCUGAACGACAACAAGAUCAAGAGCGUGCAGUACGCCUCGCUCAGCCGCUUCGGCAACCUGACAUACCUCAACCUGACGAAGAACGAGAUCUCCUACAUCGAGGACGGUGCCUUUUCAGGACAGUUCAACCUCCAGGUGCUGCAGCUGGGUUACAACCGACUGAGGAACCUCACCGAGGGCAUCCUCCGGGGCCUGGGGAAGCUGGAGUACCUCUAUCUCCAGGCCAACCUCAUCGAGACCGUCACCCCCAAUGCCUUCUGGGAGUGCCCCAACAUAGUGAACAUUGACCUGUCCAUGAACAGGAUCCAGAGACUGGACAGCAACACUUUUCGGGGCCUAAACAAGCUUUCUGUCUGUGAACUCUACAGUAACCCCUUCUACUGCUCCUGCGAGCUGCUCGGCUUCCUGCAAUGGCUGGAGGCUUUCACCAACAUGACGCGCACCUACGACCGGAUGCAGUGCGACUCCCCGCCCGACUACGUGGGCUACUACUUGUUAGGCCAAGGCCGGACUGGCUACCGCAAUGCUCUGAGCAUGCUCUCUUCCCUUUGCACUGGUGGCUCCUACACUGUGAUCCCUCGUUUUAUCCCUCCCAGGUACCAGGUGACCACGGUGCCCUCCGAAAGCCCCUGCUCCGAGGAGGAGUGCUCCUCUGGUGACGGCACGACGCCGCAGUUCUCCCUGUUCACUCCCAUCGGUGAGACGGAGGUGCGCCCCAACAUCCAGGUGAAGCACCUCAACCACAACUCGGCCGUCCUCACCGUGCAGAUCCCCUACCCCUUCAGCAAGAUGUACAUCCUCUCCCAGUUCGAAAACGGCUUCUCCUCCAUGAUCACCAAGCUCAGGAAGAAGGAGGAGAACAUCACCGUGAGCAACCUAGUAGCACAAAGGGAUUACACCUACUGUGUAGUCUCUGUUCACCAGUACUCCAAGUACAACCACACCUGCGUCACCAUCACCCCCACCAGACCCAACCGCAAGGAGCCAGUGCCCACCCCUUCCACUGCCACCCAUUAUAUCAUGACAAUCCUGGGCUGUCUCUUUGGCAUGGUGAUUGUCCUGGGCGUGGUGUAUUACUGCCUCCGGAAGAGGCGCCAGCAGGAGGAGAAGCACAAAAAGGCUGCCGGCAGCAUGAAGAAGACCAUCAUCGAGCUGAAAUACGGGCCAGAAAUGGAGACCACCAGCAUCACCCAGCUGUCCCAGGGACAGAUACUGGGUGGGGAGACAGUGACCCGCAUCCCCUACCUACCUUCUGCUGGUGAGGUCGAGCAGUACAAGCUGAUUGAAAGCAGCGAGACUCCCAAGGCCACCAAGGGCAACUACAUGGAGGUGAGGACGGGUGAGCAGCCCGAGAGGCGAGACUGUGAGCUGUCCCUGCCACCAGACACCCAGGGCUCUGUGGCUGAGAUCUCCACCAUUGCCAAGGAGGUGGACAAGGUGAACCAGAUCAUCAACAACUGCAUCGAUGCCUUGAAAUCCGAGUCCACCUCCUUCCAAGGGGUGAAGUCGGGGGCGGUCUCCACGGUGGAGCCUCAGCUGGUGCUCUUAUCAGAGCAGAUCCCCAGCAAGCACGGAUUCCUUUCCCCCGUCUACAAGGAAAGCUACAACCACCCUCUCCAGCGACACCACAGCAUGGAGGCGGCCCCCAAACGCUCCAGCACCUCUUCCAGUGGCUCCAUACGGAGCCCCAGGUCCUACCGCUCCGAGGGAUCGGGCCACAAAUCCGAAGCCAAAUACAUCGAGAAGACAUCCCCCACCACUGACACCAUCCUCACUGUGACACCGGCCGCGGCCAUCCUGCGGGCGGAGGCGGAGAAGAUCCGCCAGUACAGCGAACACCGGCACUCGUACCCCAGCUCGCACCCGGGGGAGCAGCACGACAGCAUGGGCGGGAGGAAGCCUUCCAUCCUGGAGCCUCUGACCCGUCCUCGCCCCAGAGACCUGGCCUACUCCCAGCUCUCUCCUCAGUACCACAACCUGAGCUACACCUCCAGCCCAGAGUACACCUGCAAACCGUCGCACAGCAUCUGGGAGCGCUUCAAACUCAACCGCAAGCGGCACAAAGACGAGGAGGAGUACAUGGCAGCCGGCCACGCCCUACGCAAAAAGGUCCAGUUUGCCAAAGACGAGGAUCUUCACGACAUCUUAGACUACUGGAAGGGCGUCUCUGCCCAGCAAAAGUCCUGAGUCCUCACACAACUCGUGACUUAACACACUAACUGGACCAAAAGAAAUCCGCAGCAGCUAUUUUUAUUCAGACUGUCUUUGAAACAAAAUAAAAUUAUAAAAAAAAAAAAAAAAAAAGAGAAAGAGAGAGAAUCAAUAAAAAAAUAAAAGAGAGAACAAAUAAUGAAAAAAUCUAUAAAUAUUCUAUAUAAUAUAUAAAGUGAGAUAUUAAAAUGUGCUCACGUUGGUGAGACGUGCACCAAAUUUGAACACAAACUUUGCAAAACAAACGAACCGUGGAGCGGGGAAAAAAAAAGUUUUGUUUCAUUUUGAUUUUUUAAAAAAAAUAUAAGAAAAAAGAAAAAAUUGAAUAUAAAAUGAAAAUGAAAGAGCGGGCAGAGAGCUGAGGUCUGGCGUUUUCCAAUAUUGCAUUGCAUGAGUCCCUAUUCCGUGAUUUUGUGGAUUCUUUGUGAACAGUUUGUGUUCUUCCUUCCUUCCCUUCCAAAAUCAACAGCGACAAAAACAGCAACAAAAACCAAAAAGAGACCAGAAGGAGCUCCAUCUUUUGGGCUGUUUUUGCAAACGGAGUCUUCCAGUUUAGACUUUUACCCGGUUGAAGGCCCGUUCACAUUUUCACUCACUAAGAGGUUUUACCACACGUUGCAUUGUAAACCGAAGUCGUUAAUUGUACAGAGAAAAUUUCUAUAUUUGCAAUGUUUGCUGUAUAAUGAGAAAGAGAGAGGAGAAAAAAACAAUACUACAUCUACUAAAAAAAAUAUAUCUAUAUCUAUAUUCACCUGUUUGUACCAGGUUUUAAUCAUGGAUUUUAGAGAAAGAGAUGGAGUUUUAUUUGAAGGACUUUUUUGUUGGUUGGCUGGUUGAUGGGGUAUCUUUUGGAGGGGAGAGUGUUUGGAUUUCUAAGUGUUUUGUUUCGAUUUCUUCCACCAAUUGUCUGUGUCCAAGUUCUCAUCACUUCCAAGUGCAUUGAAGAAAAAAGGCUUGUACCCAGGAAAACAGAAUCCCUCACAUUAUUCCAGGUGGGAGACCAUCACCACCAGGAACUGGGAAGGGGAUGAGCAGUGAGGGGCUUUUUGCUGAGCAGGUGCAAUGGGAUUUCUCUUGCAAAUCAAAAAGUAUUGGUCUCUGCCCCUAAACAGAUGUGUCUGGGCACUGGUGGCCCUUGGGACCAGCCACUGAGGGGUGAAUUAUCCCUCCACUUUCAAGGCAGGCAGCCAGUGAUGAGUUAGAGCACAAAGCCUCUUGCUGCUCUGCAGAGAAGGAGAGAAUGGAGAGAUGAUUUUGCUUUUGAGGUUAAAGACACUCAGCAUUUACAGCUUGCCCAUACUGAGACACCCUGGGGACCCCUGACCAGCCCCUGGCACUCAGAGACUGGAAGGGAAAGUGAAGGGUCUGUGUCCAUGGGUCCACCCAAACAGCCACGUGCCCCUCAACCAUUGCUGUCCAGCACUGUUCCAGACUCCACAGCUUUUUGCCCCAUCUCUAAAACACUCACAUGAGGUGAGAACGGAGGUGUUGAGGCCCUGAAGGCACUCCCAGGCCCCAGUGGUGCCCAAAGGAGACUAUUUUGUCCUGAUCAGCUCCAGCUGAGUCACAAGCCCCUAUGUCUCACCCACCCCAUGACCAACCAAAAGUGAGGGCUUCAUGAGGGUCUGAGAGCUGCCCUGCUCCCAGGUGAGUGUGUGGCAAUGCAGGGAGCCAGCACAGUGAGCUGAGGUGCUAAGCUCCCCAAAUGCAGCCCUGCGAGGCCCUGCUGCUUGCCAGAGUUUUUUCCCUUGCAUCCUGCUCACAAGUCGCUUUGGAUGGACAUCCUGAGUCCUGAUGGAUGAGCACUAGGGCCCAGGAGCAAACCAUAUCCCAUCCUGUUACUUCAAUAUUUCGAAGCAAUUUU